AUACCUUUAUACAGUGAUUCAGAAAAAUCAAACAGUGACGGAAAAAAACAGUCAAACCUUAGUGGAGGUCUUGCGUAUAAUAUCCGAAAUACUUAUUUGGGGUGACCAAAAUGAUAGCUCCGUCAUUGACUUUUUUCUGGAGAAAAAUAUUCUCGGGCACUUCAUUCAAUAUAUGAAGCAAAAAGCUGGACGUUGCAUAAAUUAUUUACUUUCCAACAACCAUACGAACACAAUUAUUGCUCACCAAUUUGACUUUUCAGACGAGGAAGUUAUGGCCUAUUACAUAUCUUUUUUGAAAGCUCUUUCCCUGAGACUGAAUUCUGAGACGAUUCAUUUUUUCUUCAAUGAAGCAAAUCCUGAUUGCGGAUUAUAUGUUGAGGCUUUGAAAUUUUUUUCCCACCCGGAAAGCAUGGUUCGUAUUGCUGUAAGAACCAUCACUCUAAAUGUAUAUAGGGUUAACAGCAAAGAAAUAAUCAAUUUCGUUCACAGAAAAACAGCUGUUCCUUAUUUUGCUAAUAUUUCUUGGUCAAUUGGGACAUUGGCCUUAGACAUUAAUUCUCUUGUAUGCCCCAACUACAACUAUAAAGCCAGAAGUAAAUUGGAAGAUCUCGUGGCGGAAAACUUAGAUUACCUUCAUUAUAUUAACGAUAUCCUUAGUCUCGAGAUUGAUUGCCUCAAUGAUGUUCUUUGCGAUCAACUAUUGCAUCGACUUUUUAUACCUCUUCAUGUAUAUUCCCUUUCAAAACGACAUGCCUUUCAAAAAACUGCAAAAUCGGUUUGUUAUUAA